AUGAACAGCUGGGACGAGUCUCCUGGGAGCGAAACCGACGGCAACAACAAGGAAAAUCAGCCAGAAACAUCCCAUAAUAAGAGCCGUCUCCUUUCUGAGCCAUGGAAACCGUGCAGACAGCCCCGUGCAGCUGUCAAAGAGUGGCAGCUGAAGCUGAGGUCGUGCUUGGGGACGGUGUGUGGGAUGCAGUGGUACGGCUACGCUGCUCUGGGCGUUUUGACCGCCAUCCUCAGCUUCAUCAUGGACCUCAGUGUUACCAAGCUGCUCAGAGCUCAUCAGUGGCUCUAUAUGAAGCUGGAGGGACACAUUGUGCUGCAGUUCUUCUGCUGGACUCUUUACCCAGCAUGCCUCUGUUCUUUCGCGUCGUCGUUCUCCCACAACAUCUGUCCCUUCUCCACAGGCUCAGGGAUACCGGAGGUGAGAACCAUGCUGGCCGGCGCUGAAAUGCCUCAUUACUUAUCUCUCACUAACAUGUUCGCCAAGUUCCUGGGCCUGAUCUGCACACUGGCAGCCGGAAGCACUGUUUUUCUGGGCAAAGUGGGUCCAUUUGUGCAUCUUUCCACCAUGCUGGGAGCCUACCUGAGCAAGCUCUGCUCACUUAUACAAGCCAAUAAGAAGGAGAGAGCAGCCGAUGAAAUGCUGGUUGUAGCUGCUGCAGUCGGCGUCGCCAGCUGCUUCGGAGCUCCGAUCAGCGGCGUGCUCUUCAGCGUGGAGGUGAUGACUUCUCACUUUGCUGUCAGACAUUACUGCCCGUGCUUCUUCUCGGCCGCCUGCGGGGCGGCGACCUUCCGCCUGCUCUCUGUGUGGAGUGGAGAUGGAGAGACUCUUCAGGCUUUGUUCAAAACCAAUUUCCCGACCGCUGUACCUUUCUACCCACUGGAGGUUCUGCUGUUUGCCUUCCUGGGGCUGCUGUGUGGGGUCGUGUGCUGCCUCUACCUCUUCUGUCAUCGUUGGAUUCUGCACUUUACCAAAACGAAGCCAGUCUUCAUCAGGAUGCUGACAACAGAGAAGGGUCUGUACUCCGGCAUAGUGGUCUUCUUCCUGGCAUCGCUGACAUUCCCUCAUUCUGCUGGUCAGUUCAUGGCUUCUAAGUUCACCAUGAAGCAGCUGCUCACCUCCCUGCUGGAUAACGGGUCGUGGAGCUCCCAGUCCCACAAUGCCUCUGUGCAGGUUGAGCCUUUGCUGGGAUGGAGCUCGUCAGGGACUCCAGUCUACGUCUCUUUGGCCGUCUUUCUCCUCAUGAAGAUGUGGAUGCUGGUCCUCGCCUGCACGCUUCCUCUGCCCGCCGGAUACUUCAUGCCAGUGUUCGUCUACGGGGCAGCUAUUGGCCGUUUGCUUGGGGAAGGAGUCGCUUACAUAUCUUCUGCUGGAGAGAGCUCAGACCAGCAGUGGGCUUCUAUAAACCCUGGAGGCUAUGCACUCGCUGGUGCAGCAGCGUUCUCCGGCGCCGUCACACACACACUGUCUCCGGUUCUCGUGGCCGUGGAGCUAACGGGCCAGUUCAGCCAUGCUGUACCCAUCCUCCUUGCCACUCUGCUGGCCAAUGGCCUGGCUCGCUCUGGCCACCGCCCAUCCUUCUACGAUGCCCUCUCCAUCAGCAAGAGGCUCCCACACCUGCCCUCCCUGAAGAAGGCGUGUCCUCGGCUUCCCUCCACACCAGUUGGACGGGUUCUGGGAGUGAAAUCAGUCCAGCUUCAAAAAGCAGCCGGGCCAGCGGAGGUUCAGAACGCUGUCAGCAGCACCGACACACAAAUCCCUGUGGUGGAGUCACACGAGUCGCAGGUUUUGCUGGGGUUUGUUCUGCGACCGGAGCUGCUGAUGUUCCUGCGUCGCUGCGAGGCUGAGAGUCUGGAGAAACGUCUGGACGAGGUCUGCUGCAUUCACCCAACCUCGGUCCUGUUAUCGCCUCACAGCACCGUCCAAGAGACUCUCAGUUUGCUGAGUCUAGUCGGAGCCCAGACGCUGUUCGUAGCAGACAGAGGAAGGCUACUGGGGCGGAUCACAUGGUCAGAGAUGAAGAGAAUCUUGGAGGACUUGGCCAAAGAAAUCUAAGCAGCAUCACACAGGAAAUAAACACGUCCCAUAACAAACAUAAAUCCAUCUCUGUGUGAUCAGCUCGUGUGGAAGCGUUUUCUUGUCAUGAUAACACUUCAUCAUUCCUCAAGUGUGACAAUAUUUGUACAAAGCUGUCAUUAACUGGAAGCUCCUGUGAUAAACAUGCAUCAGAGCUCA